GGCGCACCCGGGGCGGGCGUGGAAGUGGCGUGAGGGGCGGAAGUUCCCCCCGCCCCGGCGCUCCCGCUCGCUCGGUCCGUGGGGCAGCGCUGCGCCGUUCAUGGAAGAGAUGUCGGGAGAAAGUGUGGUGAGCUCAGCGGUGCCAGCAGCGGCCACUCGCACCACCUCCUUCAAAGGGACGAGCCCCAGCUCCAAGUAUGUGAAGCUGAACAUUGGUGGUGCCCUCUACUACACCACCAUGCAGACCCUGACCAAGCAGGACACCAUGCUCAAGGCCAUGUUCAGCGGCCGGAUGGAAGUCCUCACCGACAGCGAAGGCUGGAUCCUCAUCGACCGCUGUGGCAAACACUUUGGGACAAUCCUGAACUACCUGCGGGACGGGGCUGUGCCGCUGCCGGAGAGCCGCAGGGAGAUCGAGGAGCUCUUGGCUGAAGCAAAGUACUACCUGGUCCAGGGGCUGGUGGACGAGUGCCAGGCAGCCCUGCAGCAGAACAAAGAUGCGUAUGAACCGUUCUGCAAGGUGCCAGUCAUCACGUCCUCCAAAGAGGAGCAAAAACUUAUAGCCACUUCCAACAAGCCAGCAGUGAAGCUGCUGUAUAACAGAAGCAACAACAAAUAUUCCUACACCAGCAACUCCGAUGACAACAUGCUGAAGAACAUCGAGCUGUUUGACAAGCUGUCCUUGAGGUUUAAUGGGAGAGUGCUCUUCAUAAAGGAUGUGAUCGGAGACGAGAUCUGCUGCUGGUCUUUCUACGGGCAGGGGCGGAAGAUCGCCGAAGUCUGCUGCACUUCCAUCGUCUAUGCCACUGAGAAGAAACAGACAAAGGUGGAGUUCCCGGAAGCCCGCAUCUACGAGGAGACACUGAACAUUCUGCUCUACGAGUCGCAGGACGGGCGGGGACCCGACAACGCGCUGCUGGAGGCCACCGGCGGCGCCGCGGGUCGCUCCCAUCACCUGGAGGAGGACGAGGAGCGGGAGCGCAUCGAGCGCGUGCGCAGGAUCCACAUCAAGCGCCCGGACGACAGGGCCCACCUGCACCAGUGACUGCUGCGGCGCUGCCCCGGGGCGCUGCCCCGCUCUGCUCCAGCGCCUGCGGCACAGGAGCAGCGCUGCCACUCGCCUUCAACAGAGGCUGUAAAUUACGUUGUGUAACAAACUAGGUUAUUUGGGGUAUUUAAAUGCAGUAGUUGUAGGACAAGGAUCAAGGAGGUUACUGGGCAGCCGAUAGAUACUGUAAGGACCUGGUGAGCAGCUGGAGAAAUGCCCGGAAUUGUUAGCACUCUUGUCUUUGCUGUAGGGAGGAAGGGGGCUGGCUUCCUUUGGCUUAUAGUAACUAUCCUGCACUUUAAAACAAACAUACAGUCAGUCAGCCACACACCUCCCCUCCGGCACUCACUGACCCUGUCUCCUCCCAGGCAGAGAAAUGGGGUGAUCUGAACACACCUGAGCUGCUGCAGAGCUCCCUUCUCCCUUCAGGCAGUAGGGUUGGUGGCUCAGGAGUGCCUCGGGGUGACUCCCAGGAGGACACAGGACACGUGCUGACUUGAUUCCUGUAGUGCUGGGGGAGCUGCUGCUCAAAGGGUUCAGCAGAGCUGCUACAGCUCUGAGCUCUGGAGACCCUCCUCUUCUUUAUCUGAAUGGUUCAAGGGUGGAAGAUGUUAAAAUUCCUCCAAAAGGAGGAUUGGGAGCAAAUUGCAUGGGAUUGCUUUUCCUUAGGGUGGUGUUGCUGCCCGUUAGCGCUUAGAACUUCUGCCUGACCCCGGCUCUCAGCUGGGGUUGGUUUCCAUCAGCUCACACCUCAGUGGGCUGAGCUUCCCUUACUGCAGCUGAGGCAGGAGCUGGGCUCAGACUCCCUGCGCCAGCCCAGCAGCUGUAGCUCAGUUCUGUAACUGAUACAGGAGCAUUGUCUUGCUCUGAGUAAGGACAACACAAGUACCAUGGGGACGAGGAGCAGAGAAGGGCCCAGAGGCAGUUAGUCCUUGUUUGACUUUAUCCUGAGCACGUUCCAGGUCUCUUCAGAAGUGGCAGCUGUGUGUGGAAGGGCAGAGCUGAAGCGCUGCAUGCAGGAGGCCGCUGGGGUCUGGCUGCUUCUAAGAGUACUUUUCUAGCAUGAAUGAAUAUUUUAUCUACCUCCUCAUCUCUUGUUGCCUAUCGUGGACUCAAGUAACAAUUACAGGGGAGGAUGGUGUGUUACUCAAUAGGACUGGAUGCUGGAGGCUAAUGACCAGAGCCACAGCUCUGAUGCUUAAUGAGAGGGAGGGAAACGCAUGUAGGAAGUCUUAAACUUCAGGCUGGUACCUUGGCAGACACCAGAGGACUUUGGCCUAUUCUAGAGGGUUUUUGGCCCUUCAUCUGUAGUAUCUCACACUGGCCUUAAUGGCCAGACAUCUCAUAUGGAGCAGCAGCUCCAUGUCCCUGUUCCUUUGUUAUCUUCCUGCUGCAAGGAUUCCAACUCCUGGCUCAGGGCUGUUAAUGUUAAAACCAAAGGUGUUGCCAGCAUCACCAGCUACGUUACUCCAACACUUGUUUCAAAGAGCAGUUCCACCCCAAACUCGGUAGAGCUUGUCUGUAGUGGCUAAAAUAAAGUAUUAAGUGUUUGCUUAGUGGUACAAUUUUGAAUCAAGUUAAGCUACAAUGAUUUCAAAGUUAGGCUGAGGUCAUCCUGCUGGUAACCAAAGACUUUUCUAAGCUACAGGCAGCUGCUGUGGCAGAUGGGGUUGUUGUACCUGUCUCCUCUCCUCUUUCUUCUUCAGCUACUGCUUCCUAAGAGCUCAGCAGCUUCAGCUCUGUCCUGACAGUUACAGGCUUCUCUUGCAAGCUGUACUUACCUGUGUUUGCAACACACUGUGGGGUUGCAGAGGUCCAUAGUGCAGAGUGUUGUGAAGGACGCAGUGCCUCUCCCUUCUUACCUUCCUGAUGUGACAAGCUGGGGUGUGUGGAAGGGAAGUCCCCUGAAUUGCUCUGCUGCUGCAGCUGUGUACUUUGACACUCACCGGCUGUUUGUGGGGUUGAGGGUCUGGAACAGACCCACUGCCCUGGAAGGGUCCAGGCCCUGCCCUGGCUAAAGCUGUUCAGUCUGGCUGCUGUGCCCCAGCCCUCCCCUGCAGCAAACCCUGCUCCCUUUGCUAACCCCCGAGAGCUGGCUCUCCCGUGGGCCAGGCCAGGCUCCUCCUCAGCUGUGCUGAGCCGCUGCCUCCCACCACAGCCACUCCAGCACCCCCCCGGCGCUGCUCAGACAAACCCCGUCACGUCCCGCAGCGCAGGAGCGGGUUCAGCUGCAGGAGGUGACGUGUGGUGACACUAGUGCUAAGCACCCGACGGGUCACAGCUCUGUGAUUAACGUCUCUGUAAAUAGGUUCUUAACUGGCUUCAGGAUUUCCUCUUUCAGGUUUUGCUAACUAAGUUCUUAGAAACCAGGGGAUGGUUCUUUUUACUCUUUGUACAGCAGUUUAUAGAGCUGUGGGUUCAGUCGCUCCAGGAGAGUUGGAGUAGUUUCACUUUUGUUACUGCAUUUAUGGGCAGACUCUGCUUUAACCCUCCCCAUGCUGGAGCUGUGUAGCAAAGAUGUCCUGGUGUCACCUUAGAACAUCCUGUACCUGCUGCCCACUUGUCCUCGGGCUGUGGAGAGAGGCUUUGUUAAUGCCAUUGCACAAAUGCUCUCAGCUCUUGAGCCUUUUUACUGUAAAUGGUUUUGCUCCACAGCUCCCAGGUGAAGGUGGGAGCAGGUUCUGGCCACGAGCAGCUCUGGCUUAGCUGGUUCUGCCACCCGUGGACAGGGAGCACAGAGCUGGCUGCUUUGGUUCUCCAGCCCCACGCACCAGACACCAAGAGUGACAGUACAGCAGCACAGAGUGACUCAAAUCUGACUUGUGGAAGUGAUUUUGUCCAGCAGCAGCUUUAACCCUGGGGGGGGUUAGAUCUCCCAUCGGGGUGUUUACUCCCACCUGUAUCCAUGUAGUUGUAGCACCAGUCUUACCUUAGAGCAAAGGGCAGGUAGAUCCUUUCAGUCUAAAUGGAGUUGUUCCGUCUCACAGGCAACAGCAGCAAAUUCCUCUGUUCUGUACAAUCAUUCCCUCCUACUUUAUACUUAUGCACAGGAAAAGCUUCAGCUGCAGCUCAGUGUAUGGUUGAUGUUUGCAAUAUGUACUUUUUUUUAAUGUAACACAAUAAAUUAGAAGAUAUUUCAUAUUUA